ACAUUUUCCCAUAAAAUGUCUUACCAAGUUUCAGACGAAGAACUAUGUGACGAGUUUUCCGUGUUUGGUAUCGACAUUGAUGAUGAUGCUGUUACUGGCAAAUGUAAGCACCCAUUUUAACAGUUAAUGGCGCUGUCCAGAUUGAAAGAUUGACAAGUUCAUUAUUUAAAUUUAGCAUGUGCAGGAGAUGUGUACAAUGCACAGACUGGAAGCAUCAGAACUGGUGACAGAAUGGGUGGCUUUUACUCACUCCAAGAAAAAUGUCAGGCUUGAGCUGGAUACACUUGACCAGUUUGAAAGGGAGCGAUUAUCCAAAAGGAAUCAGAAAACUCCAAAGGCAGUGAAGAAGGAGACUGCACCAGUAAUUCAUACGAUAGACAGUCUACCAAUGGAUGUUGAAGGAGCUGAAGAGUUAUACAGUGCUUAUGGUGGAAAGACACCAAAAACAAAAGGUGCAGUAUCAAACAAGAGACAACACACCCCAGAGAAUGCCCCUAUCAAGAGAUUUACUGGACCCAAUCGUAGCCCCGCAGUACCAUAUUCCCCAGCUAGCUUCUCUCCAGCUAGUACAACACCAGCAAAGAAGUACAAUUCUCGGACAAAUAGGGGAGAAGUAAUGGUCAGUGUUGGUUCAACCAACAAUGUUAAGUGGCAUGGGUCUGGUCAAGGUGUAACCAUAGAAGACUAUAGUACAGAACAGAGCAUUUCUAAAAAUAUGAAAUAUAUGUUCCAGAAAUUGUCUGAGAAAAGAGAUGUAUUGAAUGAUAUGAUAGAAGAUAUGGCUGAACAUCUUCAAAAAAUACACAAAAUUGAGGAAUACAUGCAUGUGGCUUUGCCGACCCAGGAGGAAGUCACUGUAGCAGGAAGAAUUUGUUGUGACAGUAACGGAAAACUUAAUCCGAAGUCUGUGGUAUUAGAAGGAUCAAUUGACACAUCCUCAGGGAAAACUAUACCUGUAGACUUAUCACAACUGAAGGAAUAUGCUUUGUUUCCUGGGCAACUUGUUGCCAUGGCAGGUCAUAAUAGUACUGGACAGAAAUUUGUGGCAAGCAAACUGUUUGAGAGUGUAAGUUUACCGCUACCAGAGAUUCCAGCUAAUACAGACACUAAGAACACAAGGUUAUCAGUGAUGGUGGCUGCUGGACCGUUUUCUACAUCGGACUGUCUGUCGUACGAACCUUUUACAGACCUUAUUGAACAGAUUCAGCUUACCAGACCAGAUGUCUGUAUACUGAUGGGUCCAUUUGUUGAUUGUAAAAAUGCAGAAAUUGAGAAUGGUAAAUUGACGGUUACUUAUGAUGACAUUUUCACACAAAAAUUGGAUGAAGUUGCAACUGUGACAGCAAAUUUAAAUGUACAACUGGUAGUGUUACCUUCACAGAGGGAUAUGCACCACGACCCAGUCUAUCCUACCUUACCUUACAGUUUAGACAAGACAUAUAAGCAUGUUCACUUUGCAUCUGAUCCAUGCACUCUACGUAUAAACAACAUAGUGUUUGGUCUUACAUCAACAGACGUACUGUUUCACAUGGGGACAGAAGAAAUUACAUUUCCACCUGGUUCCAGCGACAGACUGGGUAGAUUAACACAGCAUCUUCUUAAUCAGCAUAGUUACUACCCCUACUACCCACCCCAUGAGGAGAUGUGUAUAGAUUACGAGAAGUUCCAGACAACAUGUAUAAUGCCGACCACACCGCAUAUCCUUAUUGUACCUUCAGAAUUCAAACAGUUUAUCAAGGAAAUGAAGGGUUGUUGUUGUAUCAAUCCAGGACGUCUCACUAAAGGUUUGACUGGGUCUACAUUUGCGAAAAUUGUUGUACAAGUGAAUGAACUAGAAAAUAACCAGUCUUUGGUCAAGAAUAUAACAGCACAAGUAGUUAGGAUAUGAAUUUUACUGAACCAAUUAAUUAUGUAUAAAGAAAAUGAAAUUACAGUCGAUGCAUUAAUGCAAACAUACAUUUAGCUAGAGCAGAAAGGAGAUUUUAUCAACAGUUUUAUAUGGAAGUGAAGAAAUAUCUUAAGAAGUUGAAUAGAAGGUGAAAAGUGACAUUUAAAACAUGAAACCAGUGUAGCAAUAUAUAAUACACUUUCAAGCCCAUAUUGACACAACAUGAGCACAGCAAGAUUAAAGAAGUCAAUAAAAUUAUAUUUAGAAUUACAUGUAUAAAGAACAGUUGUCUUCUUGCGUGAUUACAUGUAUUAUUUAUAGGUGGUAUUAUUUACUGGUCAAACAUUGAAUGUUUUUGGUAGUUACUUUCUUGAUAGACAAUAUAUCUUCCUUUUUUAGCUCAUCAGUGCUCAAGGUGAGCUUUUGUGAUCACCCUGUGUCCAUUGUCCGUCGUCGUCAGUCAUCAACAAUUUGACUGUUAACACUCUUGAAGUCACAAUAUUAGCCCAAUCUUAAUGAAACUUGGUCAGAGUGUUACCCUCAAUAAAAUCUUGGACUCGUUCGAUAUUGGGUCAUCUGGGGUCAAAAACUAGGUCAUCAGGUCAGAUCAAAGGAAAAGCUUGUUGCCACUCUAGAGGUCACAUUUAUGACUGUAUCUUCAUGAAGCUUGGUCAGAAUCUUAAUCUUGAUGAUCUUUAGGGUAAGUUCGAAUCAGGGUCACCAGGUCAAAUCAAAGGAAAAGUUAGUUAACACUAGAGGCCACAUUUGUGACCAUAUAUUAAUGAAACUUUUUCAGAAUAUUAAUCUUGAUGAUGUUUAGGUUGAGUUCAAAUCUGGGUCAGGUGGGGUCAAAAGCUAUGUCACCAGGUCAAAUCAAAGGAAAGCUAGUUAACACUCUAGAGGCCACAUUUAUGACCAUAUCUUAAUAAAACUUGGUUAGAAUGUUAAUCUUGAUGAUCUAUAGGUGAAGUUGAAUCUGGGUCAGGUAGGGUCAAAACUUAGGUCACCAGGUCAAAUCAGAGGAAAAGCUUGAUAACACUGUAGAGGCCAUAUGUAUGGCAAUAUCUCAAUAAAAUUUGGUCAGAAUGUUAAUCUUGAUGAUCUUUAGGCUAAGAUCAAAUCUGGGUCAAGUUGGGUCAAAAACUAGGUCAGCAGGUCAAAAAAUCAAAGGAAAAGCUUGUUAACACUCUAGAAGCUACAUUUUUGACUGUAUCUUGAUGAAUCUUGGUUAGAAAGUUAACCUUGAUGAUCUUUAGGUCAGCCUCUAAUCUGGGCCAUGUGGGGUCAAAAACUAGGUGACAAGGUCAAAUCUAAGGAAAAGCUUGUUAACACUCUAGAGGCCACAUUCAUGGCUAUAUCUCUAUGAAACUUAAUCAGAAUGUUUGUCUUGAUGACCUCUAGGUCAAGUUCGAAUCUGGAUCAUGUGGGAUCAAACACUAGGUCACCAGGUCAAAAAAUCAAAGGAAAAACUUGUUAACACACAUUUAUGACUGUAUCUUCAUGAAUCUUGGUCAGAAUGUUAACCUUGAUGAUCUUUAGGUCAAGUUCGAAUCUGGGUCAUGUUGGGUCAAAACUAGGUCAAAUCAAAGGAAAAGCUAGUUAACUCUCUAGAGGCCACAUUUAUGACCAUAUCUUAAUGUCACUUGGUCAGAAUGUUAAUCUCAGUGAUCUGAUCUUUAGGUCCAUAGGUCAGGUGAGCGAUACAGGGCUUCAGGGCCCUCUUGUUUAUCAAAUUUCUUCUUCCAGUCAUAAAAUUUUGUUAAUAAGUCUUUUACUCCUUUCCUGACUGAUCUUAAUCUGCCAAAAGGCAGAUAACAGAAAAUUUAUUGUACAGUUCAUGAGAAAGGCUUCAGUUUUCAGUUAGGUUUAACUUGCACAAGAAGUCCUAGUGCAGCCAUUGGAAACGUCGUCUUGGUGAAAAACAUUCCAAGACUAUUUCCUGCAUGUAAAGUCAGUUACUUAGUUGAGAUGUCGAUAGAUGCAUUUUAUGGUAUAUGGCUUCAAGUUAGUUAUAAAUUGCUGGUGUUGGUUUAGUUUAAGUCCUACAUAUCAGUCAAUACAAGAAUUUUCACCUUUUGCGUCUACACUAAAUGUCCAAAUUUUAUUAUGCCCUCCUUCGAAGAAGGUGGGGUAUAUUGAACGCUUGGGCUUAGGAUCAUGAAAGAUGACCCCUAAUGAUUUUGAGGUCAGUUGCUCAAAGUUCAAGGUCACAGUGGCCCGGAACGGUUAAACGGUUUCUGGAUGAUAACUUAAGAACGCUUGGGCCUAGGAUCAUGAAAGUUGAUAUGGAGGUUGGUCAUGACGAGCAGAUGACCGCUAUUGACAUUAAGUUCAGUUGCUCAAAGGUCAAGGUUGCAGUGACCCGGAACAGUUAAACAGUUUUUGGAUGAUAACUCAAGAACGCUUGGGCCUAGGGUCAUGGAAGUUGAUAGGGAGGUUGGCCAUGAUCAGCAGAUGACUCCUAUUGAUUUUGAGGUCAUAGGUCAAGGUCACAGUGACCUUGAACAGUUAAAUGGUUUCCAGAUAACUGAAGAAGGCUUGGACCUAAGUUCAUGAAAGUUGAUAGGGAGGAUGGUCAUGGCCAGCUGAUGACCCCUAUUGGUUUUGAGGUCAGUUGGUCAAAGGUCAAGGACACAGUGACUCGGAAAUAUUAGUUUCCGGACUAUAACUUUAGAAUGCUUGGGCCUAAGAUCACGAAACUUAAUAGAUGUUGAUCAUGACCAGCAGAUGACCCCUAUCGAUUUAGAGGUCAGUAGGUCAAAGGUCAAGAUCACAUUGACCCGGAACAGUCGAACAUUUUUUUCCCAGAUAAGUGGAGAAAAGAUCACAUUUGAUACAGAGUUUACUUACGAUUGGUAAAUGACCCAUAAUUAUUGAUUUGAGGUCAGUACGUCAAACAUCCAGUGCAAAGUGACCAAAUAAUUUCUGUUCCUUGUGCAAUUACUGAAUGCAUCAAGGGGGGCAUUUCGUGUUCUAUGAGCUCUUGUUUUUCUUGCCCUAAACUUGUCAUAGAUUAUGUAUAAAUGUAAAUUGAUAGAGCCAGAGGUAAUGACUAUUGCCCUGUUCUGCAGCAACCAUGCAGGUCCUCGCAACAGAGCUAAAACAAAAGGAAAGCUAAUGCUGAUAGACUUCUCGACUUUUAUUCAAACAAGAUAUUUAAUGAAGAGCUUAUAUAUGGCAUGAAUAUUUUUGCAAUAAAGAUAUUUAAAACUGA